AGGGGGAUCAUGGCUGCUAUCCUCGACGGACUGGGAGAAAUUUUUAGGACCUCGGGAAAAUGCCUGGCUGUUCACAUGGCGGAGAUUCAAGACUGCGUACGUGAAAGGGAGACUGCAUUUGAGGGCCAGUUCCACCUCGUGCAGGACUGGAGACAACGACUCCGGGGGCUCGUCUGCAUGCCAAUGGACCGCAAUCCAGGGGCGACAUACGUCGUCUGUCCGACGGUAUACGCCAGAGCACUACGAGAUAUGUUCUGGCAUGGAGGAAGUUUUAUUAUGUGUACCUUAUCGGCAGAUGAGGCACUGGCCACCUGCCGAAGAAAGUACGAAGUGAGGGGCCUUAAGGAUCUGGGAGCAUGGCGCAAGAAAGGGAGAUUCGGCGACGUGUAUGUCCUACCGAAACACAAAGAUCCCGCGAGAUGGCGGCCGAUCGCCCCGGCUUGGAAUUCGCCCUCGAAGGUAGGAGCGAAGAAGGUGGCUAAAGCUUUGCAAUGUAUGCUCGGAAACCUGGCGAGGGGUCUGCACUUCAACACCUAUUUGUCAGAAGAUGCAAUCAAGAGACUACAUGGCUGGGCAUCUCAUUUGGAGAAGGGACAUGGAGUGAUGACAGCCUCCUUCGACAUCAAGAACAUGUUUGCUGAGCUACCUCAUGCGGCGAUCCUGGAGUCACUCGAAUGGAUGAUCCGGAUGAUGGAGGCAAAAGGAUUCGACAGGGUGAAUGUGAACUGCCGGGGAAAGAAGCCAGCGAUGGGAAGACAGAACAGGAACGGCCACUUCCCUGUGAAGUUUGAUUGUAUACGGAAGUGGGUCAGAUACGAGCUGGAGUUCUCCUACAGUCUGGCCGAGGGAGAGCUGAUACAGCAAAUCCAGGGGAUCCCCAUGGGGGGUCACACGAGCCCUUCCCUCGCGUGCAUCCUUUGCGUCCAUGGUGAGGCCCAGUUCAUGUAUGAACUGGGGACACUUCGGAAGAGGAUCCUGGGACUGAGACUCAUGGACGAUGUGGCUGUCUUUGUCCGCUUCAUAAGUGACGAUGAGUUGGCAUUCUUGAGUGAAGGUGGGGACCCCCAUGACGAAAACCUUGUUCGAGGAUUCUGGCAUGAUGAUCUUCAGCUCCUUCUCGUGACAAGAGGAGCUGGUGGUUCCUCCUACUUCACCAAGUCCGCAUCUGGUCAUGUUCCUGGUGUACAGGUGAGCACGAUCGACACCACCGGCGCAGGCGAUGCGUUUGUUGCCGGGCUUUUGUCGCAAAUUGUGGAAGAUCGGUCCAUUCUUACUGAUGAAGAGAAGCUGCGCUCUGCUCUGCAUUUCGCUAACGCUUGCGGCGCGAUAACGACGACGGAGAGAGGUGCAAUUCCCGCCCUCCCAGACCGUGAAACAGUUCUGAGAAUGAUGUCGAAGACAAUGGUGGCAUGACUCGCUGAUCGGGGGUGGGGGGGGGGGGGAAGAAGAAGAAAAAGGGUGCGACUGCAAAUGAGCAAUUCAAUUUA